UGCAGGUAAAAAACAAAACAAAGAAAAAAAAAGAGCAUGGUUACAUGUGCCUUGGCUUUUCUUUGACCUCUCUCAUUCACACACGCAUGCUGUGGAGCUCUGGUAAUGAAAAUCCCAGGAGGUCCUACAAUCUGAGUCAAAGAUUCACACCAGGCCAUCAUUAUGCACCAAAAACAGAGUCCUGCACACCUGAGACCAACAUCCUGGAGCAAGAAAAAGAGGUCACAACAGACCAUCAGCCACUACAUCUGGUGAAUGUAAACCUGAGGGAGAAAGCAAAGGCCAGAUCGGGUUGUUUGUCACCCCACUGACAAGGAGAGUGUUGUUGGGUAGAUAAUGAAAUAAAACGUCACACAUGAUGGACAAGUCCACUGAGAACCUCAGCAAGAAGAACAGCAUGAUUGACAAGCUUAGAAGGAGCUUGCGGCGUCAAACGCGGAAGAAUCCUCCGUCACCUGGUGGCGAGGAAUCCAAUGUCCUACGUAAAUUACAUGCAACUGCAAAGAACUCAGACUCUGCGGCUUCACCACAGCCUCCGUCACCCAGUCUGAAUGAUGGCUCUGCAUCCACCUCUCUGAACAACAACCAGAAAAAAGAGGAUGAUGAGUCAGAUGUUUCUUCUCACAAAUCCAGAACACUAACACGGUCGAACACAGAUCCCACUAUGUCCACUAUUAAGAGAAUGAAAGAAUCUUUUUAUUUUAAAUGGAAAAAGAGCGAAGAUAAAGCCACCUCGAUUGAGGAAAAAGUGACUCCUACUUUUGAGGAAUACCUUGAAGGACAAUACCUGUUCGAAGCCACUCAACUGUUGAUAGACAGGGAGAAAGAUCUGUUUGGAGAGAUAACCGAGGCUGAUGCAAUUAAAGAUCACGAGGAAGCAGUAAAAAAGCUUGCUGCAGACUAUGAAGCGCUUGAAGAGCGUAUAGAGCAGACCGUGCAGCAGAGUCUUUCUCUCAGCAGUGAGGAAGAGGUGUCUGCUUUGAUAUCUGCAGUGAAAGCCAUCAACCUUGAGGAAGAGCAGGACCAGCUGUGGAAACAAAGAUGUCAGACGCCACCAGCCUGGAGGCCCAAGAAGUGGAAGGAGCACCAUGACAAAGUGCUUCAUGAAUUAGUGUAUAGUCAUUUGGAGAACCCAUCAAGCCCCACUGGUGACCAGGUGAACCAGUCCUCGAUCCAGGCAGACAUCCAGUCCAUGGGCAGGCAGCUGAAGGAGGACCUUCAGUGGGUGGUGGAGGUGGUGAAGAACUGCUACCCACCAGAGAUGGACAUCUGUAACUUUUAUGCAAGACAGUACCAUCAAACUUUCAGCGCAAGACUCAAAAAGAUUGCAGACUUUGUUCUGGAUGACAAGGACUGCAGUUUCCUCCUGCGAUGGGUGAAGGAGUUUUAUCCAGGAAUCCUUGAAAAACCUGAGCUGGCCAGUAAUAUCAAUACUGAAGAGCUGGGAAACCUGCUUCCUGACGAGUUACUGAAAGCUCUGGAGGAGAAGUACCUCAGCAAACAACAGAGCGACCUGAUGAUUUAUAUUGACCGAGUAUUGGAUGAAGCAAAGAAAGAGUGGGAUCAAGGAAAGGAGCCGACAAGAGAUGAUGGUUGCUACGUCAGUCCUGUGGCCUAUGAUGUCAUCCAGUUUAUCAACGGCAUCGUGACAUCAGCACAUACAACUGUAAGAGACCCGCACAAGGCCCAGAAAAUAACAUCCAACCUGACAGACUUCAUGCAGAGGUAUAAAGAGUUUCAUGAAGACAUCAUAAGGCAGAACAAACCGCACAGCAAAGCUUUCAUAAAGGCAAACCUCAGCUGUGUCAAACAGUUCAGGGACUUCCUUGUGGAGCACGAUCUGUUCCCAGAGGAUGUGCGGAAAAACUGUUUGAGGGUCCUGACUGAGAUGAAACAGUCUGCUCACACUUAUUUAUUAACUCCUGUGCACAAGGUCCUCAAGCCACACUACCAGAAGUUGGGAACCAGUGACUGGCUGAAGAAGAACACAUUUAAGAAGCUGCUGAAUAGCACUGAAGAAGAGCUUCGAGAACUUCAGGGUUCGAGUCCGUCCUCUUACCAGGAGCUGAUUGGUCAGCUUUACCAGGAAGUGACAGAAGAAUAUGUCCGGAGGCUCCUGAAAGGAAAGAUCAAAUUAAAGAACAACAAAAAGCAGAAGAAGGCUUACGAGACUGUGAAAGGAAAUGCAGAGAAACUGCACGAGCUGUUUGCCAAAAUGGGAUCCAAACAAGACUGGUUAAAGGAAAUCCUGACCAAGAUUGCAGAAGUGCUAAGACUCCAAGACAUUCCUGCCAUACAGAUGCAAAUCGUUUCACUGGGAUCUGCUUAUCCUGACCUCAGUGAAGAACAUGUUUCGGCUCUGCUCAAACUCAAAACAAACCUCUCUAACGCCGACAUGAAUACCAUCACAUCCACUGUGCUGGACAUACUAAGAGAAAGCUAUACUGGUGGUGAAACCCGGAUGUUUUUCUCCAAUGUUAAAGUGAUGAGCCCUUCAUUUCAAUCAUGUAUAACAUCAUGCCGUGGAUAAGAUGAGUUGAAUUCUAGUGCUUUCAGUCUGUCAGUAAGGAUGUACAAAGUGACUGGACAUGGACAAGCCUGAUUCAAAUGUUACUGGUACUAUGCUAAUAACAAACAUCAGACUGUGUGUGUCCACAUGUGACCAGAUUGCAGGAGACAAUCUUUUCCUCUCUGCAUUUUUGCAUUUUGUGUUGUAUUGUGAAAUGUGCUCUUUGCAUGAUGCUACAGUACUUUAGAAUUUAAUGACUCUGUAUCUUUUAAUAUGUUAGAUUUGUCUCUAAAAGAUGAUCUCACGAUUUUUGAGGCAAACCGUGUGGAGACGAGAGAUGUGGACCCAAGCGCAGACGAAAUAGAUGCAGGAGAAUGUUUAAAUUGAAGACGAGCCUUUAUUAGCACUAGAAAAGCAACUAGCAAGCGGAACAGUCACUAGCGAGGGACACUAACAAAACCUAGACUGGGAGAAGCUAACAUGAAACCUGAAACAAAGAAUGAGGAAACCUGAAAACUGGAAACACAAGUAGAGGAACGCAGGAAAAGAUGAACAGGGGGUGAUACAGACGCUCUGACGAGGAACAGAGGUUAACACACUAAAUAUACACACAAGACAAUGUGACAGCAAAACACUGAAAACAGGACACAAGACUCGCCAAAGUAAAAUAGAAAACAUGAGACGAUUGUAUAGGAAUUUCUUUUACUUAUGUAUUAAUCACAUUAUUUUAUUGUAUAAUGCCUUGGUGCCACUGGAUUUUAACA